CUUCCGGUUACAACAUGGCGGCGCCCUGAUAAGUGUCAGAGCGAGUAUAACUAUUUGUCUUAUUUCUCAUAACAUCACCCCUACCACAUUUCUGGUUAGACCUGGUUAGAUUACGCGUUUUCCCCACAUUCAACAUCGGCAGAAGGCUCGAAGAUUAUAUUCAACUAGCAUCAUGGUUCAUCUGUCAUCCCACCUCCUAAAGCGCUACCAGGGGGGUCACGUGGUCCUCCGCAUGGCUCUGGCCGGCCACAACCAAGCCAACAGACCCUUUUAUCGCAUUGUGGCGGCGUAUAACAAACAGGCAAGAGACGGCAAAUAUAUAGAACAACUGGGCACUUACGACCCGCUCCCCAACGUCUACAACGAGAAACUAGUCAGCUUCAACUACGAUCGCAUCAAGUACUGGAUCGGCUGCGGCGCCCACACGACCAAGCCGGUGGCCAAACUUCUAGGGUUGGCCGGGUUUUUCCCACUUCAUCCUAUGACGGUGACAGAGAUGGAGCGUCGCCGAGCCCAGGCCAAUCAGGCGGAAACGAAAGCGGAGGAUAGUGUGGAGGCUGAAGCGUGACGAGUGACUGCUUGUGUGACGACACAUCAGUCCAGAGACACAUUGGACUCUUGUAUUUUUUUGUAUAUCGUUUAUCAUAGUUGUGGUUCCUUUAGUGGGUAAACCAAUGAUUAAAACUGGUAAACUACAUGUUUGGUAUGGUGUCAAGUUUUGCGAUUCCAUUGUCGGGUUGGGAAUGCAAUCUAAAUAAUUUGUUAUUCAUAUGGGGCUGUAAGGGCGGGGCUACACAUACUACGGUCUGUUAAUUGCUUGACAACUGUCAAUUCCAACCUAUUAGAGAUGGGUUAUGGGGAUUCAUUGUAAACCUUUCAGUCGAAAUGGAGGGCGAUAUUUGGCUUCAACCAACAGAGGUGCUGUUGAUUCAAUUUGAACUGGUUUAAGCCUAACUAUAUAUUUGCAUUGUGGCCCAUUCAUUCAUUUUCUACUGCUUAUCCUCACAAGGGUCGCGGGGGGUGCCGGUCCCUAUCCCAGGGGUACACCCAAUCACAGGGCACAUAUAGACAAACAACCAUUCACACUCACAUUCAUACCUAUGGACAAUUUGGAGUUGCCAGUUAACCUAGCAUAUUUUUGGAAUGUGAGAGAAACCGGAGUACCCGGAGGGUGGGAUUGAACUCAGAUCUGCGCGCUAGACACUCGACCGCCGUGCAGCCCCAUUGUGGCCCACAUACAGGAAAAAAUAAAUUAUGUGAUACAAUUUGUGUGGUCAAGAUGUUUAAACCAAUCAAAUAUAGGUCCAGAUAUGCUAAACUAUCUAAUAAAACAUUGGCAACUGUGUUAUAUGUGACAAUGAAAUUACUGUUAUAUCUAAAUAUAUGACAUUUUAUUUUUAGAAUAUGCAUAGGGCCAAUAAACAAGUAACAGCCGCACAUUGGACACCCCUAAUACACAUCCACAUGGCACAACUGAUCCAGGUGGCAUUAUUUUGCUUGACUCAACGCUGGUUUGGGAACAGGAGUUCAGAACAUUUGGAGAAAGGUUAAAAAUAUUGUUUUAAAAACAACUUUGUUUUCCUCAUAGAAGAUCAAGGCAAUGUAAUCAAAAUAUAUACAACAUUCUCAUUACUAGUUUCAAGCUGUAAAUAUUGUGUCUCUUAUUCUCUUCUAGUUCCAGGACGUCACACACUCCAAGUCUCACCCUUUGACCUCCACUUGUAAAGAUGAAUUCCUUUCUUUUGUGUGUCCUUUCUUUUUGUGUGA